AUUGCGCCGACGUUCGAUUAGUCGCAAUCGAAUCUUCCUAGUCACCUCGAAUAUCCGCAGAUUCGACACAUCUUCUUCAUCAAUAUAUCAUGAGUCCUACCAUUAAGUGUGUCGUGGUCGGCGAUGGUGCGGUCGGCAAGACCUGUCUUCUGAUCUCGUACACCACGAACAAGUUCCCGUCCGAAUAUGUACCCACGGUCUUCGACAACUAUGCUGUCACGGUCAUGAUCGGAGAUGAACCCUACACUCUCGGACUCUUCGAUACCGCCGGUCAAGAAGACUACGAUCGUCUCCGCCCUCUCUCAUAUCCGCAGACCGACGUUUUCCUCGUCUGCUUCUCCGUGACCUCCCCCGCGUCCUUCGAGAACGUCCGCGAGAAAUGGUUCCCCGAGGUCCACCACCACUGCCCCGGCGUCCCGUGCCUCAUAGUCGGCACCCAGGUCGAUCUUCGCGACGAUCCGCAGGUGCGCGACAAGCUGGCCAAGCAGAAGAUGCAGCCGGUGCGCAAGGACGAUGGGGAGCGCAUGGCGAAGGAUCUGGGCGCGGUGAAGUACGUUGAGUGCUCGGCACUCACGCAGUACAAGCUGAAGGAUGUCUUUGAUGAGGCUAUCGUCGCGGCGCUUGAGCCCCCACAGGUCCGCUCAGGCAAGAAGAAGAGGCGAACGUGCACCAUCCUCUAGUUGGCGCACCGUUGGCCGGCAUACGCAGUUGUCUAUCUGGCGUUUAGUUUCCCAGCGACUCAGGGCGUGGGCUUUCCCCAUGCAAUCCUCUGAGGUGAUGGCGUUUACAAGAAGGGAUUUCCGUUUUGUCCAUGCGAU